AUGUUAGAAAGACAGAUAGCGAAGAUAGGUAUGGUAGGAAUGGGCAGUGUGGGAUCUAUGAUGUCCCUCCUCUUCGCUGAGAAAGGCUGCAAAGUCUACUACUUCGACAUCAGUGAAUAUAACAUGAGAGCCGCUGAGAAAAUGGUCAAGGACGUCAACAAAGAAACGAGAGUCUUUCGACAACACAGCUAUCAACAACUCUGCGAAGAAAUCUACUCUGAGAACCAUCCACGAAUUAUCAUCUUUAGUAUUCCCCACGGAAAUCCCGGCGACGAAUGUGUCAAGGCUCUUCGACCGUACAUGAGCAAGGGAGAUAUCAUUCUUGACUGUUCAAACGAGUUCUACGGCAACACGGAACGACGACAAGCGGAUCUUGCAAAAGAUGGCAUUUUUUAUGUCGGGUGUGGCGUCUCAGGCGGUUAUCAGAGCGCACGAGCCGGUCCGUCAAUGUCACCAGGCGGCGACCCCCAAGCCCUCGAAAUCAUCAUGCCGCUUCUCAGAAGAGUCGCGUCAAAAGAUCGCGAUGGAAAGCCAUGCACCAGCCCAAUUGGCCCAGGCGGUUCAGGACAUUAUGUCAAGAUGAUCCACAAUGGAAUCGAACAAGGCAUGAUGUCAGUUAUUUCCGAAGUUUGGUACAUCCUUACCAAGGGUCUUCAGCUCAGCUAUGAGGAAGCAGCUGGUGUUUUUGAGAAGUGGAAUGAAACACCGGAACUUUACAAUACUUUCCUGAUCUACAUCGCUGUUGAUAUCAACAGGACGAAAGAUAAGGAGGGCCGAUAUGUUCUGGGAAGAAUUCAGGAUAAGGUUGUGCAGGACGUUGAUAAUACUGAAGGCACGGGGACGUGGUCUUGUGAAGAGGCGGUGAGACUUCACGUCCCUGCUGCGAAUAUCGUCAGUGCGCAUAUGUUCAGAUGUGCGUCAGCUGAACUGAGCCAGCGCGCUGCUAAUGCUGAAGCCUCAGGACGUUGGCAGCCCUCAGCGAUGAAAGUCCCGUCGCGGUCAGCUUUUAUCGAAGACCUUCGAAAGACGACGUACUUUUGUCUGUUGCUGUGUUUCACGCAGGGUCUGCAGAUCAUUCGUGAAAUGGAUCAGCAGCGCGAAUGGCACAUCAACUACCAAGACCUCCUGCACGUCUGGAGCGCCGGGUCAAUCAUUCAAGCUGGGGGUAUCAUGGAUCUUCUUCACAAAGUCUACAGCGAAUUACCCAGCAAGAACAACCUCUUGUCUAACAGCCAACUCGGAAAACAACUAACCAGCCUUCUCCCGUCAAUGAAGCGGUGCACCAUCACAGCCUUGGAGGCUGACAUGGUGAUUCCAGCAAUGAGCCAGAGCUUGGAGUACUAUAAGUAUUCAACUUCGGUGGAUCUGCCUACGCAGUUGACAGAAGUGGAGCUGGAUUACUUUGGCAACCAUAGAUGCGAUCUGAAGGAGGAACAUCGGGGUGAACCAAGCAAGGGAAAGCACCACUUUGAAUGGAAGCCCGCAAAGGGCGAGUCUAACAAGUCUCGGCUUUGA